GUGCCUUGUGAACAAAGGGUUCAGAUGUCCAACAGCAGCUCCAUCAUGGAGUUCCUCCUCCUGGCAUUGGCAGACACACGAGAGCUGCAGCUCUUGCACUUCUGGCUCUUCCUGGGCAUCUACCUGGCUGCCCUCCUGGGCAAUGGCCUCAUCAUCACCACCAUAGCCUGCGACCACCACCUCCACACCCCCAUGUUCUUCUUCCUCCUCAAUCUCUCUCUCCUCGAUCUGGGCUGCAUCUCCACCACUGUGCCCAAAUCCAUGGCCAAUUCUCUGUGGGGCACCAGGGCCAUCUCCUAUGGGGGAUGUGCUGCUCAGGUCUUUCUGUUUCUAUUUUUUAUAUCAUCAGAAUAUUAUGUCCUCACAGUCAUGGCCUAUGACCGCUACGUUGCCAUCUGCAAACCCCUGCACUACGGGACCCUCCUGGGCAGCAGAGCUUGUGUCCACAUGGCAGCAGCUGCCUGGGGCAGUGGGUUUCUCUAUGCUCUGCUGCACACGGCCAAUACCUUUUCACUACCCCUCUGCCAGGGUAAUGUCCUGGACCAGUUCUUCUGUGAACUUCCCCAGAUCCUCAAGCUCUCCUGCUCAGAAUCCUACCUCAGGGAAGCUGGGCUUCUUACAUUAAGUUCUUUUUUAGCUUUUGGAUGUUUUGUUUUCAUUGUGCUGUCCUAUGUGCAGAUCUUCAGGGCUGUACUGAGGAUCCCUUCUGAGCAGGGUCGGCACAAAGCCUUUUCCACCUGCCUCCCUCACUUGGUUGUGGUCUCCCUGUUUAUCAGCACUUCAUUUUUUGCCUACCUGAAGCCCCCCUCCAUCUCCUCCCCAUCCCUGGACCUGGUGCUGGCAGUUCUGUACUCGGUGGUGCCUCCAGCACUGAACCCCCUCAUCUACAGUGUGAGGAACAAGGAAAUCAUAGAAGCCUUGUGGAAAGUAUUUGAAUAUGAUCGAGUUCAGAUUAAUAAGGUGCCCGUUAUCCCACUAGGGGUCCCACUGUAUCUCAGAAAAAGCCAGGACUAA